CAAUGUAAAUAUAAAUGAAAAUCAUAUGAAAAAAAAGUGUAAACAAAACAAACAAAUUGUUUGAUUCAUUGAUUUUUUGGUAUUUUUUUGGUUUUGGUUUUAAUUGACAACAAAUCAGUUGUCAAUUGUUGAGUCUUGAAAGUGAACAGACAUUUGACACAUCAAACCAAACAUGACUUCAUUGCAUAACAAUCUCUUCUACAACACUCUUGUGAAGUCGUACGCCAAGCGAUACAGAGAGGCAAAGGACAAGUGUUACAUAAUAUGUGUACCAAUUGAUGGCAGUUAUGAUACCACUGCCAUCAACGACAAGUUUAUUACGGCUCAUAUACUUAAACCGUCGCCGCUUCUCAAGAAUCAUUUUGUUGCCUCCAAUAAUAAGCAUACGUUAGACGCGGAAAUCAAUGGCCAAGUGAUACGUGUGACCAGAGGUUUUGACGAUAAAAAUUGUGAGACAAUCAACAUAUUGAGCGAAGAGAUUGCUUACAAUAACCAAUGCAAAGAAUACCGAAUACUAAUAUGUGAUAAUCCGUUGCUUAACUCAUCAAACAGACGGAUCAGCUGUGAGUGCAAUCAUCUCAGUCAAGACAACACAUCGCUAAUGAGUUUCGAUGAUUGUGAGAAAUUUUUAGUUAAAUUGUCGCCAGAAUUGACUGAUUCAUUAAAAUCAGAAGUCGACAAAUUUCUUAACAAUCAGACUGUUUUACCCAAUUAUCUCAAUAAUACCAAAGAGCUUAUUCAAGAUAUUGUUGAAUUUGGUAUUCAGAGUUUUACAAGUUUAUCAAAUGAUUCCCAAUUAGGUACAGCUAUUGAAAGUUUUGUAAUUGGUUUAUGUCAUCACAAACUAUUUUUGGCAAUUAAUAAAUACUGCGAAAGAGAUGAUAAAAAGAUUUACGAAAAUUUUAUGAAACUUUUCAAACGAAGCAUAAAUCCGGUUGAAUUCGGAGCUCAGAAAGUAUUCACUAAUUUUACAAUAAAUCCAAACAUUUUGGCCGAAUUGACGGACUUAGAGAUUAAGACAACACCAUUGGAAAAACUUUACUGUUUGCGAAAGAUAUUAGAUUUAGUUACCGAUCAGCUAAACAAAACGGUUGAAGACUACUAUCGAUAUCUACCGAUAGGUCCCAAACGAGAUCCCAUUUGUAUUAUGUCGGAUGACUUGAUUGCGACACUCAUCUGUGUACUGACAACACACAAACCCAAACAGUUUGAGAGUGAAAUCACUUUUAUUCAAACAUUCAGUUGGAAUAUACCGCAAAAUAAUGAAUUCGGCUAUUCGUUGGUAACGUUCGAAGUGGUCAAAGAGUUCAUCAAAAGUGAUAGCUUUUAUCAGAAUAAUAAACCAUCAAAUGGUCAAUUGAAUAGAAGAGAUGAUAGAUCUAUGACAACAAAAAGCGCACAUCAAUCCAUGAGCAGUACUAACGGUGGUAAUAGUCCUAAUGCUGGAAACAGAUGGACCAGUGGUAGUAGUAGUUCACCGUUGGAUCGGGAAUUGGAGAAAAUCUCAAAAAUGAUGGACACAUCCAGUAUUACCGGUAGUAGUAGUAGUAGUAAUCGUAAUAAUAGUAGUCAUCGGCGUAGUCUUCAUUCUAAUCAACAACGAAAUGGUGGUCCAAGAAGUUCUGGUGACAACAAUUCAAAUGAAGAUGAUUUGGGGGAGUUCUUAAGCACUUUAAGUCAAAAUACAUUUAGCGUCGGCUGUGGAAAACAAAUAUGA